AUGACACCCUCAAAGCUACCUACCAUCGUAGCACUUUUUGGCUUAGCAGCCUCUGUUGCAGGCCAUGGCUAUAUUUCUAGCAUCCUGGCCAACGGCCAAAACUAUACCGGCUACUUAGUCGAUAAAUACCAAUACAUGACCUCACCCCCACAAAGCAUCGGCUGGACAACAACAGCAACAGACCUCGGCUUCGAAGCUCCAGCCGAAUACCAAGAGCCAAACAUAAUCUGCCACCGAAACGGCGAAAACGCCGCCCUCAGUGCCCCAGUAACUGCAGGCUCAGACAUCGAACUCCAAUGGACGACUUGGCCAGAUUCGCACCAUGGACCUGUGAUUACAUACCUGGCAGCCUGUACCAACGGUGACUGCAGCACGGUCGACAAAGCCACUCUGAAAUUCUUUAAGAUUGCCGAACGGGGUAUCGUGGAUAAUUCUAAUGUCCCUGGAGCCUGGGCAACUGAUGAAUUAAUCGCUGCCGGGAACCGAUGGACAGUGACUAUCCCUUCGACUAUCGCUGCAGGCAACUACGUUAUGCGACAUGAGAUUAUUGCCCUUCAUUCGGCAGGAAAUCUGAAUGGGGCACAGAAUUACCCUCAGUGUAUCAAUUUGCAGGUUACUGGUGGUGGCAGUGAUGUGCCUGCUGGUACGCUUGGUGAGGCGUUGUAUACUGAGACUGAUCCUGGCAUCUUGAUUAGUAUUUACCAGACGUUGAGCUCUUAUAUUAUUCCUGGACCGGCUUUAUAUUCUGCUUGA